CGAAAGUUGCACAUGGAUAUGUUUUCUACGCAACCUGUGCAGCCAGUGGUGGCUGGAAUUUUCUACGGUUUGGAGUGGCAAGGUCCGAACCCAGAACAGGUCUUGAGGGCACCGAGACUGUGUGAAGAGCUGCAAAAAGCAGCGCAAACAGUUCGUCUUGAUGCAGAUGACUUUCGUCAGCUCAAAAUGUCUUGGGUGAUUUCGCAAAUGAAUGAAGCCAAACAGGAGCCGGAAAAGUAUUCCUUGAUUGCGGCUGCAAUCUUUCUUGGCACAGCCCAGGCCUGUUUGAAGGGAAUCUACACCUGUGAGACAUCCCUGAAGCAGGUCGAUUGCCGUCAUCUUGUCAGACCUAUUUCUUGCUUUCACAGUCUGACCAAGAUGCCCUUGCAGAGCUCUCUGAAGGCUGUGAGCGAGAAACAACACAUCCUGUGCCAAAGUGGUUGCGAUCCUGUUGAUGCUGCACUUCAGAUGGCCCGAGCAGGUAGAAGAGUUACUCUGCUCAGGUGCACAGCAUUGGAGCAUCCGAAAAGCGAGUGUCGGACUUAUCACAACAUCCACGAGGACCAGCUCUUCUUCCGCACUACCUACUUUGAAGCUUUUGAGCGAAUUGAGGAAGACAUCCAAACAGUAGCCAAUGAUGCCAUCAGAGAGGGCGGCAUUAUUUACUCCUCUGGCAUCGGAAUUUUACGUGGUUCCUUUCAAGAUGGAGCGCCCUGGGUUGAACAGCCACCGCAAGUGGAUGUGGCGUGGUUUGGACUGCCUUUGCAUCCUCACCAUGGUGAGCAGGAAAUCUACUCGGAUCCUGAGGAAAGAAAUCUGGUGUCAUCCACUUUGGAUCGGGUCUUUGCCUGGGCAUGUGCUCAUGGAGCAGAUGCAAUAGUGAUGCCACCAUUUGCUGUCAACAUGGGCGGAUUUCUCCACCCAAGGCUACAUUUUGCUGGACUCAUCCAUGAGGCCUCAAAGCUGCACGAGCGGCACCUACCAGUUGUCUGUGUGGCGUCCGAGCAUCCAGCACACUGUCAGGCAGCUUGGUGGGAUGAUUUCUCCAAGGGUGUCAUUAAUGGAAGACCUGUUCCUCCACCCAUCAUUCACGUACCUCCGAUCCCGCUGAUGUCGGACAAACUCGUAGGGAAGGAUGCAGCAGCUCUUCUAGAGAAACGGCGGAAGCAGCAAGGUGUGUGGUCAACCAGAAGCCGACAGGUCCGGGCCUCCCUUGUUUGAUGCAGAAGAGAAACGCAGGCUCAGAGAAAGCUGGCAAAUUCAUUGCAAAAAAAUCUCAGACCCUUGCAAUUGCAAGAUGCUCUGUAUCCUCUGUAUAGUCACUGGACAUCACUGGACAACAUCCCGAAAUGGGAACAAACAAAGUUGUUCGCACUCCGAAAAGCGGAGAACAAUGGCUCAAAUCAAAAAA